AUGUCCCGACCAGACAUAAAACGCAGAACCACCCUCGACCACCGAAAGAAACAAUUCUCAACCCCCACAUACGCACCAGUCGAAUACAAACACCGUCUAAACUUCUACGCCACCCCCCCAACAGCAGACAUCACUCUCGAGCAAUUCGAACAAUGGGGCAUCGACCGUCUACGCGUCCUCGCCGAACUAGAAGCCUGUUCCUUCCGCAACAAAUCCCCCAUCGAAACCGCCUCGCACAUGAAGCCUCUCCUCGAUAAAUACCUCCCUCUCUCCUCCUCGACCUCGAAUUCCCCCGCUUUGCAAGCGGAGAGGCAGAAGGAUCAUUAUUCGCAUUUUAUCCUCCGGCUGGCGUUUGCUUCGACGGAGGAUUUGAGGAGGCGGUUUGCGAGGGCUGAGACGAUGCUUUUUCGUAUCAGGUUUCAGGGGGAUGAUUCGAAGGAGAGGGCGGGGUUUGUGGAGGGGUUGAGUUUGGAGUGGGAGGCUGUUGGGGAGGAGGAGAGGAGGCAGUAUGCUGAGGAGUUGAGGGCUGCGGGGGGUGGGUAUCCGAAGAGGAUUGAGGAGGAGAGUUAUUUCAAGGUUGAUUGGGAAAAGGUGCCGGAAUUGGUGGAGGGACGGAGGGUUUUUUUGAGGGGGGGUAUGGCAUAUGUUCCUUCUCGGGAGCAGAUGAGUAUGGUUGUUGCGGAGUUUACGGGACGGUUGGAGAGGGCUUUGGAGGUUUGUUGGUCUCUUCUACUUUCUCUUUCUUUUGCUGGGAGGAAAUUGGAGAUCAUCGAUUAUUGAGAAAGGGAAUAAUGCUAAUCAGGUAUAUAGCUCACAUCCCGAGCCCUCCCCCGCCUAGACGAAGACGACCGCCUCUCCCCAAUCCUAACCCACCUCUCCCAAAACUUCACAACCCCCGACGCAAACUACUCCGCAACCCAAACCUCAUUAGCAGGCGCCGACAUCUCCGCGCGCACUAUCGACACGCUCUCCUCCUCGUUCCCCCUAUGCAUGCAAAACCUGCACCGCUCCCUCCGUCGAGACGCUCACCUAAAACACUAUGGCCGUCUCCAAUACACGCUCUUCCUCAAAGGCAUCGGCCUGAACCUCGAAGAAUGUCUAAUCUUCUGGCGCGGAGGCUUCAACAAGAUCACCGACGAUGCAUUCAACAAGGACUACCGGUAUAACGUGCGCCAUGCGUAUGGAGAGGUGGGCGGAGAUAGUAAUCGACGCGGCAAGGGAUAUAGUCCGUUUAGUUGUCAUAAGAUCUUGACAGAGCAUCCACCUGGACCUGGGGAGGCGCAUGGGUGUCCGUAUCGGCAUUUUAGCACGGAGAAUUUGAUGGGGCUGCUGCAGACGGUGGGGGUGAGGGAUCAGGAGGCUCUGAGGGGGGUGAGGGAGGAUAAGGAGAAGACGAAGUUUCAUUUGGCUUGUAAUCGGUUUGUUGCCCUCAUUUCCCCAUUUAUCUAUUUCCCCAUUUCCCCAUUUCCCUCUCCUUCCCCUUGUUGUUUCACGCAUACCCUCCACCGUCCCCUCUUGAUAUUUUGAUCUUCACAAGUCACCUAACUAACAGACACAGGGUCUUCGAAUACGCACAUAAACAAGAGAUCCAAAAGGUUCGCGAGGAGGGCACCUGGGGCGCGGCACAGUUGGAGACGCUGAUUCAUCCGAAUGAGUAUUUUAAGCGUAGUUAUCUGUUGAGGAAUCUGGGGAAGCACCAGAAGAAAGAAGAGGGGGAGGGGGAUGUUAAGAUGGAGGAGUAGGUGUGUGUGUACAUGAUAGGGUAAUGUGGAAUGAGGAGAGAGGGGGUGUAAUGAAGUAUGUGGAUAAUUGGGGUAGGGUCAAUGAAUCAUGAAAUUUUCUUUUUGUAAAUAUAUGUUUUUUGGAUUUUAUUUGGGGUUUCUUUCUUUCUUUUCCUUCUUCGUUUUCGAGGGAAUUCGAGGGGAUUAUUGUAGAUGGAUAAAUACCCUGACUAUAAGUUUAUACAUCUACAUAUAUAGUACGAGUUUUUAAGUA